CCAAAAUGGCGACCCAAUGCCUGGCGAUUCUACUGCUAUUAUUGGUUCCCUCGAUACUCUCACAAUCUGUGGAAUUCAACAACUUCUUGAAAACAGCCGAGGUGACUGCUUCAAAGGGUGCACUUGAGCUUGCAAAUCCUCUCAUUGGACAUAGCGGAAAGGUUUAUGCAUGCUCUGGAAAGAGUCUUCUUGUUUUUGAAAGGAAUGGCACGGUUGCAUGGAUUAUUCCUCUCAAUUAUAUGUGCAAUGUUCACAUCACCCCUGUCGAUGAUGAAAGAGGGAAGAUUUAUUUGGUUGCAGAAGACAGGGUUUUGAAAGUCACACCUUCAAAUAUUGCGACAUCUGAAUCUGAGGUUGAUAUAUUAUUUGGUCCAAACUCAACUAUUGGGGGCUCAGGGGAAAUUAUUGGCUUCGCCAUUAGUAUCUCGUACUCAUCUCUAUUUGUCACUAUUAAAAACCGUGGCCUCUUUGCAAUAUUGCUUCGUGGUGAACUUCUUUGGAGCGCUGGUCCUUUGCUUUAUCGUUUUGGCUACCGUCAGGGUUGCAAGAAGAACUUAGAAGAUUGUUAUUUUACUUCAGCUCCUGUAGUUGAUCAGUGUGAGGGAACCCUUUAUGUCUCAAAUACUGAAGGACAGGUCUAUUCAUUGUAUAUUCGCAGCCCUCACUUCAGAUGGAUCCAGGAUUUUAGUUCAUUUGACAAGUCAAUGACACUUGUAUCAGGAAAUAACGGCCUUAUGUACGUCAUUUUUCCAAGGAGGGCCUCAGUGAUGGCAUUAGAAGUUUCUACUGGCAAUGUUGUUUGGCAAAAUGACGUUGGUCCCUUAAGUACUGACCAAAGCUUGCCUGUUGUGGAUAGCAAUGGUUGGAUAUCCAUUGGCUCAUUAGACGGGUUCUUGUACUCAUUCUCACCAACUGGAGAUAUGAAGAAAUUACUCGAGUCAAGUGCCUAUGAUUCUGCAAUCCAAGUCAGCCCGGUCCUGGAUUGCUCAGGAUUUGGGGUGUAUGUAUCUCAAACCCUUAUGGAUUCCAAGACAAGUCAAACUAUUGAUAAUUAUACUUACAUAUCCGCCAUGAAACCAAUAGACAUUGUGUUCACACUCUUGGCUCCAGCAACUGGAACUGUUUAUUGGACCGGAAAGUUCUCUGGUGAAUUAUCAUCUCAGGUGUCCAAGAGCGAUCUUCGCCACUUUGAGUUGAAUGACAGGAUUCUUCUCACGUUUUUUUCUUCAGCAAGGAUUGGCAAUACUCUUCAAUGCUAUUCCACUCGUCAAAAGAUCUCUUGGACCUGCUCACAAGUGAAACCUAAGCCUUUUGAUAUCUACACAGGAAAUGAGAAGGCAAUUCUACUACUGGUAUUCUUCCAACUUGUGAUUGUAGUAUUGCUAGCUUUUUCUGUUCGGUUUUGCUGUAUAUUUUGGAGGAAAAAGAAGCUUCAAGACCAUGGGCUUUUGAGAUUCCUUGAGAAGAGGAGGUUUCUUCACUACAAGAAGAGAACAUUGAGCAGAAUGAUCUCAAAGCUCGAACGAAGGACAACAGAAGACUCCACAGCUAACGAAGCAUUAACACGAAUGAGUGAGAUAGUAAAAACGAAGGAAGGAGUAGAGAGAAAACUAUCAACUUGUUACAGUCUAGGCAGUGAUCGUGUCAUCUCUCAGCGUGGAUCUCUUUUGCCCGUUUAUGAUGGAAAGGGCAAAAGUCAUUCAUUCCAUAGUUCGAGAAAAGAGAGUGUAAUGGUGUUUAACGCAAUUAGUGACAGUUCGAGUUCUGAACGGAGUAAUAGUAGUUAUAGUAGUGAUGAUGAGAGUAGAAGUGAAGAUAUGGGGUCGAAAUUGAAAGGCAAAGAGAUUGUUGAAGAAGGUCCCUCAGAGUUUGAGUCGAGUUCGAGGAUGUUUAUGAAUUCGAUGUCUAUUGAAUGUGAGACCAAAGGAAUGGAAGGGAAGAGGAGGAUGUGGUUGAAGAGGAGGACAUUUUCUUCAACUAACUAGAAUGGGAAAUCUAACUGCCACUUAUAUGUACAUUAUGUUUCUUUGCCAAAAGUACCCUCCAGUGCUUGCAUUGUCUUUUUUAUUGAAUGAUGAAGUUUUA